CUCUGGUCUCUCUCCAUCGUCCUCUUGGACUCGCUGCUCACCAUACAACGCCAUCUUUUUUUAUCACUUUCCUUUAGUGCUCUUCCGCUUCUAUCCAACCACUGCUUUUUAUUGCUUUGUUUCUCUGACCCAAAUAAUGCCAGUGAUGGGCGGUGGAGAUGCUCCGAAUGGAGGGGCGUCGGAAGGCUCAGAACGAGUCAAACCCUCUUCUCAAGAUUCCCGUGACUUGAACUUCUUAAUGGCUUCUUGUUAUCCAAUUAGCCUCAAGUUCAUUGACAUAUGUUACCGGGUCAAGCUGGAGAAGAAGAAGAGCAGAGGAGGCCUCUGCAGGCCCAUGUUGGGCGGCCCAACCAAGUCCUCUGAUCGGGGAUCAACAACAGAAACCAUCCAAGAAAAGACGAUACUUAACGGAGUUACAGGAAUGGCUUGCCCCGGAGAAAUCCUGGCCGUUCUUGGUCCAUCAGGGAGCGGAAAAUCAACUCUCCUAAACGCACUUGCAGGGAGAAUCCAAGGACACUGUUUCACCGGAACAGUACUGGCCAACGGCCGGAAACUUACUAAACCGGUGCUGAGACGAACCGGGUUCGUGACUCAGGACGACAUCCUCUAUCCCCACCUCACAGUCCGGGAAACUCUCAUCUUCUGCUCGCUGCUUCGCUUGCCCAACACCCUCACAAAACAAGAAAAAAUCUCACUGGCUGACUCGGUGAUCGCCGAGCUGGGGCUCGCAAAAUGCGAGAACACGAUAAUAGGAAAUAGCUUCAUAAGAGGAGUUUCAGGGGGAGAGAGGAAGCGAGUAAGCAUAGCACACGAGAUGCUGAUAAACCCAAGUCUUCUGAUACUGGACGAGCCCACGUCUGGGUUGGACUCGACCUCGGCAUACAGGCUGGUUUCCACGCUGGUGUCACUGGCAAACAAGGGGAAGACCAUAGUAACAUCCAUGCACCAGCCCUCCAGUCGAGUCUACCAGAUGUUUCACUCUGUGCUCGUCUUGUCCGAAGGCAGAUGCUUGUACUUUGGAAAGGGAAGCCAAGCCAUGAGCUACUUCGAAACUGUUGGCUUCACGCCGUCUUUUCCCAUGAACCCAGCUGACUUCCUCCUCGAUCUCGCUAACGGGGUAUGCCAUCUUGAUGGAGUAAGUGAGAGAGAGAAGCCCAACAUAAAGCAAGCUUUAGUUUCUUCUUACAACAGCUUGUUAGCUCCAAAGGUGAAAGAUGCCUGCAACAUGGAUACCAACGUCACUGCACCUAAGGAGACUGUGAGCCUGGCUUCAAAAGAGUGCAGAAGAAGGUGCAGUUACAGUGGCCUUUCCACUUGGUUCAACCAGUUUAGCAUUCUGCUCCAAAGAGGCUUGAAAGAAAGAAAGCACGAAUCCUUUAACUCUCUCAGGGUUUUCCAAGUGAUUGCCGCUGCAUUAUUGGCUGGUUUAAUGUGGUGGCACUCUGAUUUUCUAGACAUUCAAGAUAGACUCGGCCUCCUUUUCUUCAUUGCCAUCUUCUGGGGUGUGUUUCCAUCCUUUAACUCUGUAUUCGCCUUCCCCCAAGAGCGAGCUAUCUUCAUGAAGGAACGGGCUUCUGGUAUGUACACUCUUUCUUCCUACUUCAUGGCUCGAAUCGUUGGAGACAUGCCCAUGGAGCUGAUUCUCCCUAUGGUUUUCCUCACGGUGGCUUAUUGGAUGGCUGGACUAAAGCCUGAAGUGGGUGCAUUUCUUCUUACAUUAGUGAUUCUCCUUGGCUACGUGCUCGUGUCUCAGGGACUUGGCCUUGCUCUUGGUGCAGCUAUCAUGGAUGCAAAGAAGGCUUCUACCAUGGUUACUGUCACAAUGUUGGCAUUCGUUUUAACAGGAGGGUUUUAUGUGCAUAAGAUGCCAUCUUGCAUGACUUGGAUCAAGUAUAUUUCCACUACCUUCUACAGUUAUAGGCUUCUUAUCAAUGUCCAGUAUGGAGAAGGGAAAAGAAUCUCCUCUCUAUUGGGUUGUUCUCACCAUGGAAUCAACAGGGCCAGCUGCAAAUUCAUUGAAGAAGACAUUGGAGGCCAAAUCAGCCCAGCAUUUUGCAUCACUGCCAUGGUUUUUAUGUUUGUGGGGUACAGGUUACUGGCUUACCUUGCAUUGAGAUGCAUCAAGGCCUGAAACCUCCUCAUAUUUUAGGGUUCUUGUUCUUAAUCCAUCAGACCUCAUAAUUGUAACUUCUGAAGGUGAUGGGGUUUGGUACAAGCUGGUGGCUCGUGGUGAUGACUACUGCUAGAUGAUAGACCUACUGGAUUCACACUCAUUAUGGCUGAAGCAUCGGUGUAACCGUUGGCUCGCAAGUAAAUGUUAACAGUUGGCUGGCAAGUAAAUGUAUAGAAUCAACAGAGCAAGUCCUCCAAUGUUACUUUCUUGCAAAAUUUACAAUGAAAACUAGUAAUUAAUUGUUUUUGUUCUUUCCAUCUGAAUCAAUACAUGGAAAAACAAGUGUAUUCCUUGAA